AUGCGACGACCAUCACCACCCUUCUCCACCGCGCUGCUCACCCUCCUUCUUCCGCUCGUCCUCGCCCAAGACGGCGGCGCCGCCACGCUCACCUCCCCCAAACGCGGCCUCAUCUACGUGCAGACGGAGAAUGUCAAAGACGAUCACUUCUGGACGAGCAACACCACCGACCUCACGUGGUACUACAACUACCAAGCCACACCCACGAGCGACAUGGACCAUUCCCGGUUGCAAUUCGUGCCGAUGCUCUGGGGUUCCGCCGACAGCGACACGUUCUACAGCACCGUCAAGGGCCUCCACGACGGGGGCAUGAACAUCUCGGCCGUGCUCGCUUUCAACGAGCCGGAUGGCUGUACCGAUGGAGGUUCCUGUGUGGAUGCGCAGACGGCUGCACAGUUGUGGAAGAGCCAAAUCGAACCUCUGCAGAAACUGGGAAUCGCUUUGGGAGCGCCUGCUGUCACGGGAUCACCGAAUGGAUUCGUCUGGUUACAGAGUUUCUUCACGGCAUGCGCGGGGGGUUGUUCGGUGGAUUUCAUCCCGACGCAUUUCUACGGGAGUUUUGAGGGUCUGGCGAGUCAUGUGGGACAGGUGAAUGCUACUUAUUCGGUGAGAAUCCCCUCCCUCCAUCCAUCUUAUCAUCUCACCCCCAUCGCGUCCUAACCGAAAGCGUUUGUAGAACAUCUCCUCCAUCUGGGUCACGGAGUACGGAUACCCCGGCCAGUCGCUCCAAAACGUGCAGUCGUACUACAACCAGACGAGCGCUUUCCUUAACCGCGUGUCCUGGAUCGAUCGGUAUAGUUAUUUUGGAUCUUUCCGGUCCGACGUGUCGAAUGUGGGGCCCAAUGCUGCCAUGUUGACGCAGAAGGGGGAACUGACGGAUAUUGGGGCUUGGUAUCUUGGGGAGAGUGCGACGGGGAACGUGCCCAAGGGUGAUGCUUCGACGAUUGCCAAGGGGGCUGUCUGGGCCAUCGCGUUGGUUGCUUUGAGUGCGUUUUGGCUUGCUUAG